AUGUAUCGCCUUGAGGAUAAACUCUCAUCCAGAUUAUAUGGAUUCUUGCCACAGCACAGCACACACCACUGUCUAUUGGAGCUAUACACCCGCCUCUCCUCUACAAGUCUUGUGGCGUUCUUGGACCUGAAAAGUGCCUUUGACAUUGCAAAUCCAGAUGUGAUCCUGAACCAGCUUAUGGACUUUGGUGUUAGUGGAAACCUAUUGCGAUGGAUACAAGGAUACCUAAGUAAUAGAUCAUCCUAUGUCCUCUUUAAAGGUGCCUGCAGCAAACCCAAGUACUUUGGUCUUGGGACUCCACUGGGGGGAGUCCUUAGUCCAUUUCUUUUCAAUAUCCUUAUACCCCUCCUCAUCUCCAAGCUCCCUGACAUCCCAGGGACAACAAUUACAUGCUAUGCUGACGACAUCUGUGUUCACUCCAACUCCCCGGAAGAUUUGCAGCCUUUGAUACAUUCAUUUUACUUGUCGUCCUCUUCAUUUGGCCUUAUCAUCUCUCCUGAAAGAAGCAGGAUCUUCAUUCCACAAAACCCACAAACACUGCCUGAAUUUUCACUGGGCCCGAGCAUUAUACCAUUCUGCACACAGUAUAUUUAUUUGGGCUCUCCACGCCUUGAACCUGGUUAUCCAACAAUACUGUUGAGGUCUCCAUUCCUGUGGCCAGAAAUAUCUAAACUGCAUUUAUCCAUUCAGUAUUUGAUUACUUAUCUCCAGCUCUUAGUCAACUCUCCAGGACAGUGGUAG